AUGAAUAACAUGCAGGAGCUAGACGAUGCGUCUCUGCCCAUCUUCAAGGUCGAAAGGGUACAGCUACAAUUCUCCAUCUCGUCCGACUUUGUCGCUGCUCAGGUAGCCAACAAUGUCCUGAUUCUGGCCCUUUCAACAGGGCGUAUCUUACGGAUAGACCUCGAUAGUCCGUCGGACAUUGAUGAUAUCGAUCUGCCCAGAAAGACGUCAGAGAUUGGCCUGAUUCGACGCAUGUUCCUCGAUCCCUCCGCCUCCCACCUCAUCAUCAAUACGACACUGGGGGAGAAUUACUACCUCCAUACACAAUCGAGGCAGCCCAAACCGCUUGCGCGCUUGAAGGGCGUCGGCAUUGAGGCCAUAGCAUGGAACCCAUCCCUCCCCACAGCAUCUACGCGGGAGAUUCUCGUUGGAGCUGCAGAUGGUAACGUCUACGAAGAUUAUAUUGAACCGUCCAGCGAGUUCUAUCGCAAUCAAGAGAAGUAUCUGAAGGCGGUUUACAAGGCGCAGGAUGGACCAGUGGCAGGAUUAUGGGUAGACCUCAUACCUGGCAGGGUGGAUACUCGCCGAGUGAUAGUGGCAACGCCGAGCAAGCUGUUACAUUUUGUAGGAAAGAUAGGUCGACCUGGACAAGAAGGUUCAGGAUCAAUAUUCACCAAGUUGUUCGAGACUGAAGCUCCAACGCUACAUGAGAUGACUCCCAGUACCAGGUCUUCACCAUCAGCGCUGGCUGUAUCUCCGGACUCUCCAGAAUCUCAAAGUGGCGAAGGCGAUGAGGUUGAGCGCGUGUACGCCUGGCUUUCAGCACAAGGUAUACUCCACGGCAAGUUGCAGACAAAUACGAGGUCGGCGAGCUUGGGCAGCACCGUAUUCAACAACUCCAAGAUGAUCUCAAGGUCUCAAAUACCCCUUUCGCAGAGCGCCAGUGGCCGGAAAAAGCCGACACAAGAACCGAUAGCGGGUGUUGCGCUCUCGCAAUGGCAUGUACUCUGCUUAGUUGAAGGCAGAAUUGUAGCAUUGCACAGGCUCGAUGAACACGUCGUAUAUGAUCAGGUCGUACUCGAGCCUGGUGAGAGCGCGCUUUGCCUUUUGGCUGAUCAAAAAAAGAAUACAUACUGGCUCUUCACUAACGAGGUUAUCUUCGAGAUUGUGGUGACCGACGAGGAUCGAGAUGUAUGGAAAAUCAUGCUCAAGUCGCAGCAGUUCAGUCUUGCAACUCAGUAUGCGAAAACACCGUCGCAGAAAGAUGCAGUGGCGAUGGCCUGUGGAGACUACCUGAUCAGCAAAGGCCAAUAUCUUGAGGCUGCCAAUGUCUAUGGGAAGAGCAGCAGGCCGUUCGAGCAGGUAGCUCUGACUUUCAUUGAUCACAGCGAACAGGAUGCAUUACGAAGAUACCUUUUGACAAAGAUAGCAACAUACAGGAGGUCAUCCAUUAUGCAGAGAACGAUGAUUGCUAGCUGGCUUGUUGAGAUCUUCAUGUCAAAAUUGAACUCGCUUGAUGAUACCAUCACGACCAAAGCACAAUUGACAGAGAGUACUACUACUGCAGACACCAAGGAUGAUCUUGCCAGUGUCCGAACGGAAUUUGAAGAUUUCGUGAAUAGAUACAAAGGCGACCUGGAUCGGAAAACUACUUACGAGAUUAUCAGCAGUCAUGCACGAGAGCAAGAAUUAUUGUCGUACGCAACGGCAAUCGAUGACUACAACUACGUACUGUCAUACUGGGUACAACGAGAAAGAUGGCAGGAGUCGUUGGAUGUUCUGAAGAAGCAGACCGACCCUUCCAUCUUUUACAGGUACGGGAGCGUCCUCAUGGUCCACGCCGCAACCGAGCUCGUCGACAUCCUCAUGCGUCACCCUGAUCUCGAUCCUCUCAAGCUGAUUCCCGCCCUUUUGAAUUACAACAAAUCAAAAUCCAAUACUCCACUCGCCCAAAAUCAAGCUGUGCGCUACCUUCUCUUCUGUAUCAAUGCGCUACACACCACAGUCCCCGCUAUUCACAAUACCCUCAUCUCAAUAUAUGCUUCACACCCUUCCCCCUCGGAGAACGCUCUUCUCUCCUACCUUUCCACCAGCUCAUUGUCCAACCCUCCACCCUACGAUACGGACUUCGCCUUCCGACUUUGCAUCCAAAAUUCUCGCGUCCAGUCCGCGGUCCAUAUCUACACCUCCAUGGGCUCCUAUGCCUCAGCAGUCGACCUGGCUCUCAAACAUGGCGAGAUAGAUCUUGCUUCUCUCGUCGCUGACCGACCCGGCUCCACUGACUCUGCCUUACGUAAGAGGCUCUGGCUGGCCGUUGCGAAGAAGGUCAUCAGCCAGCAGGGAACAGGCAGCAUCAAAACCGCCAUUGACUUCCUCAAGCGAUGUGACCUGUUGCGAAUAGAAGAUCUGAUCCCUUUCUUCCCUGACUUCGUGGUCAUUGAUGAUUUCAAAGACGAAAUCUGUGCAGCACUAGAGUCGUAUUCACGCUCGAUAGCUUCACUGGAAUCAGAAAUGGACGCCUCGGCUGCGACGGCCGAAUCUAUCAAGACAGAUAUCAAGCAGCUUGACAGGCGGUAUGCCAUUGUAGAGCCAGGCGAAAGGUGCAGGGUAUGUGAAUUGCCAUUGCUUAGUAGGCAGUUCUUCGUCUUCCCAAGUUGUCAGCACGGAUUUCAUAGUGACUGUCUGGGGAAGAAGGUGUUGGAUGGAAGUGGAUUGACAGUGAGGGGAAGAAUACGUGAAUUACAAGCGCAAAUUGGGCGAGGGGGGAGGAGAGAGAAGGAGGGAAGAGAAUUGGAUGCUUUGGUUGCCGGUCAAUGUAUUCUCUGUGGCGAUCUCGCAAUCAAGGCAAUCGAGGAACCCUUCAUCUCUGACGCGGACGACGGUGAGGAAUGGGCCAUAUAG